AUGGCCCACCCCCAACACAACCCCGAAGUUGUGAUCGCUGUCGACGAGGAGGUAAGAUUGACCUCAGAAGUUACUGUUUCAGCCUUUUCAGCUAAGAUUUACGGCAGGUUGACGAUGCACGAUCGGAAGUUGGAAGCCACUAAUGCCCAUGGAAACCUGAAGAGUCUUGCUUCAUCGAGCACCAGUUUGCGAAGCUCACUCCGCGAUUACCGCGAAGAAAAUGGCCGGACGUACCACGUGUAUAAAGAUGGCAAAUACAACCUUCCAAACGACGCGAGAGAGAAGGACAGAUUGGACCUUGUUCAUCAGACAUGGCUUCUUACUCUGGACGAUAGGCUUGGUGUUGCCCCUCCUUGCAAGGAAAACAGUACCGUUGGUCGUGUCUUAGACGUCGGCACGGGAACAGGCAUAUGGGCCAUGAAUUUCGGCGACGAGCAUCCGGAGUCUGAGGUCUAUGGAAAUGACCUCUCUGCCAUCAUGCCGGGACAUGUGCCUCCUAAUGUGAAGUUUGAAGUCGACGACAUCGAGGAGGAAUGGACCUGGUCGCGACCCUUCGAGUAUAUCCAUAGCCGACUUAUGACAUCAAGCAUCAGCGACUGGCCGCUGUACUUGCGGAGAUGUUUUGACAACCUUGAGCCCGGCGGCUAUCUCGAAUUACAGGAAAUGGACCUAUUCCCCAAGUCAGACGACGGCACCCUCAAGCCAGAAAGCGACUUUCUGAAGUGGGCCAAUCUUCUUUAUGAAUCCUCGGUCAAAUUCGGCCGUCCCUACGUCCAGAUGUCUACCAUCCGGAAUUACAUGGUCGAGGCUGGCUUCGAAGACGUGAAGAUGGACGUCUACAAAUGGCCCUCCAAUUCCUGGCCCAGGGACACCAAAUUCAAAGAGCUUGGUAUCUGGAACAACGAACAAGUGCUCGAGGGCCUUGAGGGGUUUACCAUGGCGCCCUUGACGCGCGCAUUGGAGUGGACACCUGCUGAGGUGAACGUGCUGCUCAUGAAUGUCCGCAAGGAUGUCAACAACAGAGCUAUCCAUGCGUAUUGGCCGAUUGUGCCUCCCAACGUCAAGUUUGAAGUUGACGAUAUUGAAGAAGAGUGGACGUUUUCACGACCGUUUGAAUAUAUCCACAGCAGGGUGAUGACUUCGAGUAUUGAUGAUUGGUCGGUGUAUCUUCGCAGAUGCUAUGACAACCUCGAACCAGGUGGUUACCUUGAGCUCCAAGAGAUCGACAUCUUCGCCAAGUCGGAUGACGAGACGCUCAAGACUGACAGUGCUCUUAACAAAUGGUGCAACCUAAUCCAUGACGCUUCGGAGAAGCUGGGUCGUCCCUUUAUCAGCGUUGCUACUCUGAAAGCCCUCAUGAUCGAUGCUGGAUUCCAGGAUGUCACCGUGACGACUCUCAAAUGGCCCACAAAUGGCUGGCCGAAGGAUCGGACACACAAAGAGCUCGGGUACUGGCAGAACGAUAAUAUUUUGGCUGGAGCCGGAAUCGAGGCCCUUUCGUUGGCUCCGCUGACCAGGGCUUUUGACUGGUCCCGCGCGGAAAUCGAGGUCUUCCUCAUCGAUGUUCGCAAGGACAUCAAUAACCGGGCUAUUCAUGCGUAUUGGCCAGCUUGCUGUGUCGUUGGCCGAAAGCCACUGGAAGAAGACAAACAAGCCGAAGCUUGA